CCGACUUAGGUGGUUUUGGUUCUGAGCAAGGACCAGGGAUUUAACGAUAAAGAGAUUUAUCUAAAAUGUUUAUUUUGAUGCAUAAAAACAUUUUAUGAUUUUGUAAAAUAAUUUUGACUUUUUGAGAACCGAGACUUGAAUAAAUCGUCGGUUUUGAUCACAAAAGACCGACUCGACUAAGUCUUCAAUUCUUGAUCUUGUCCUUGAGUCUUUUAGGAAAUGGACCGCCCCACUCCGGCACCUCUUCCGCCGCCGGCGACGCCGCCGGUAAAUCAUCCUGAGAAAGCAGAUUUCGAAUCUCAGAACUGCAACGAAGAAGGAAACUCUGCAUCGCAGAACUUCAGAGCUCUGAUGAUGAGAUUAGCCAUUGCAUCUUCUCCGUACAAAUCCCUAACCCCUACACAAAGUUCGAUCUUCGAAGAGAAGCUUCGCCAGUGUUUCCCUUAUCUCAAUGCUCCUGAUCAUCCUCCUUACUCCUGGAUGAUUAGAAAAGCAAUUGAAGAUCUGAAUGAGGAAAGCGGUUCUAGUGAGGAGGCAAUAUCAGAGUGCAUAGUGAGCAACAAUCCUGAGUUGCCGUGGGCCCACUCAGCUCUACUCAAACACCACUUGACAAAAUUAUGUGAGAAGGGUGAUAUUGUUCGGACUCGAGAUGGGCUCUAUCUGAUCAAAGAGCAAAAUACCCCCGUCCCGGUAGUUUCUAGCAGCCCAUCUAGCAGUUCUACUUGUAGCCUUAGCUUUAGCCCCAGUGUGGAUUAUAUGGAUAGUGAUAGCACCACCAGUGGUGGUUGUUCAAAGAGAAAGGGGAGGAAGAUGAAGAGGAAACCAAAGAAGGUGGGAAUCAAGAAGAGAAAGCAAAGACCAACUAAGAAGAGAAACAUCCAUUUGGUGCGAAAGAGGAAGGUUCGGGGUAGGCUACCCAAGAAAGGAAAGAGGAAAGGAAAAGCUCCCUCGGAUGAAGAGACCAUUGAUGCUGUUGAAGAAGCAAAUCAAAUGGAAUGGCAGGACAUGGAAAUGACAGAACAAGAGGUGAAACAAGUUAGAAUUCUAGAUGCCGGGGAAUUACUAGUGGUCCCCACAGAUGUAGGAACAGAAGAGCAAAAUCCAGGGGUAGAGGAUGGAAGUGAUGUCAUCGAAGCAGAAAAUGACGAAGAUGAGCAUGAAAUGAUGGAAGGACAGGAUCCGUCAGGAUUGGAGCAUAAUGACAGUCAACGGGAAGCGGAAGGUCAAAAUGGUCUGUUAAAUGAAAAAAUCAAGAUGAAUGCAGAAGAAGAUUGCCCAGGCCUUCAACAUGAUGUUGAAGAAAGUUCCCUGCACAGCAUAGAGAAUCAGACACAAGAGGAGAAUGUGAUGGAAGAAGAAGGGGAUCAAGAGGAGUUUCAGGUGGAAGCAGAUAAUGCAGAAAUAAAAGUUAAAAAUCAAGAUCAGGACGAACAAGAUGAAGAAAAUCAUCCAGAGAAUACAAAAGAGGAGAAGAUGGAUUGGGAAUGUGGGACCGAUGUAACUUUAAAAGAAAAGGAUGAUCGAGCAGAUAAAACAAAUUUAGUGAAUGAUACCACCGACACUGAAUCACCUAAAAAGUUAGGAGAUGAAAAAGAGAAGCAAGGGAUGGUGAGAGUUCUCAGGAAAUGUCAGAACAGAAGAAAAGAAAUUGUUCUUCCUCCAAAUACUGAAGAACAUGGAGCAGGAAGGUGCCUUAGAUCAAGAAAAAAGAUUAAACCCGAGCAAAUUCUUGACACAGUUCAGACCUCUAUUGGCACUGAAGUCCCGAAAUAUGAAGGAAUUUCCUUGGUGCCAAACGUACCUGAAGACACUGAUAUAAAACAUAACAGUCAACACGAACAAGAAAUGGUUGUUUGUGAAGAACAUAGCCAAGUGGAGGCAGAGAUGGUUGAGCCUGAUAAUAUGCAGUUAGGACUUCAGUUUCCAACAGAUGAAGCCGAAGAAAUAAUGUGUUGCCAAUCCCAACAGAAUAACAUGAAUGCUCCCAAGGUGGAGGAACAACAAGAACCAGAUUCCCCUGAGGAUUCUAAACAGGAGCUAUCAAAUCAAAGGCAGUUAAGGCAUCGGAUUUCCAAGACUGAACCAGGUACUGAAGACCAGAAGGUUUUGCAAGGUGGUUUGUCACUGCCAGAAACAAGAAGAGUAACUAGGAAAAUGGCAGCUGCUACUGCCAGUUGCAUUUCUCCCUUGCUACUCGUCGAGAAGCAGAAGACAAAACACUCAAAAAGUCAAGUAGAUGUAGGAGUGUCUACCGUGCCUAGAAGAUCAGCCCGUCUUUCUAUAGGACCAUCAAAAAAGUAGGUAUCAAGGAUUCAAAGCUGAGGAAGAUAACAGAAGUUGUUCUAAGAAAGCAUGAUAGAAGAAUUCAGCGAAGACGCGGACCUGUAAUAGACCUCUCGGAAGGGUAGUAUGCAUCUACAUAUGUGCCCCUGAAAAUAUGUUAUCCAUAGUUUUUCAUAAGCUUUUUAUGUAAAUGAAAUGUGUUGUGAGAGUAUAUUUGGAGAGAAGAGCUGUUAUGCGACCUUAGCCAUGUUGUUGUAGUCAAAGCUAAGUAUGGGCUAACAGUGUAAAUUCUCUUUGUUUACUUUGUGUAAUCCAUGUUGAACAUUGUUCUUUCAAAAAAUGUAACAUUAGGGCUGACCAUUUUGUCAAGACAAAAUAUACUACUUUUUCCCCAGAAAUUACAAGUAAUCAGA